CUGUUGCUCCGGACGCUGCCAGGGAUGGCUGGGCUGGCUCCGGUUCUCCUGGUGCUGCUGCCCGCACUCUUCGCCGGCCUCCUCCGAUUUCCCGGCGCCGCUGCCAGCGUCCCGCCUGCCUGCGACCGAUACGGUGUCCCUGGAUGUCCAAGGGACUACAAUCCAGUGUGUGGCACCGACGGAGAGACCUACUCCAAUGAGUGUGUGCUCUGCCUCUCGAACAGAGAAAAUAAAAAGGAUGUUCAAAUUUUCAAGAGGGGAAGAUGUUGAUAUGACAGAUCGCCACUUUUCAAG